AUGGCUGCUUCGGUCGACUCACAUCUCAAGGAUGUGGCCAUCCUGGCCAACAUCCCCAACGAGGCCCGCAAGAUCCUCACCAAGGAGGCGUGUGCCUUCCUCGCCAUCCUGCAUCGCACUUUUAACCCGACUCGCAAGGCCCUCCUGCAACGCCGGAUCGACCGCCAGGCCGAGAUCGACAAGGGUCAUCUCCUCGACUUCCUCCCCGAGACCAAGCACAUCCGCGAAAAUGACGCAUGGAAGGGCGCUCCCCCCGCACCAGGCUUGGUGGACCGUCGGGUCGAGAUUACAGGUCCGACAGAUCGCAAGAUGGUCGUCAACGCCCUCAACUCAGACGUCUGGACCUACAUGGCCGAUUUCGAGGACUCAUCUGCCCCGACGUGGGAGAACAUGAUCAACGGCCAGGUCAACCUGUACGAUGCCAUUCGCCGCCAGGUCGAUUUCAAGCAAGGCGGUAAGGAGUACAAGCUGCGGACAGACCGCAAGCUGCCCACGCUCAUUGCUCGUGCCCGUGGCUGGCACCUGGAUGAGAAGCACUUCACCGUGGACAGUGAGCCCAUCUCCGGCUCUCUCUUCGAUUUCGGCCUGUACUUCUUCCACAACGCCAAGGAGCUGGUUGACCGGGGCGCCGGUCCCUACUUCUAUCUGCCCAAGAUGGAGUCGCACCUCGAGGCUCGUCUCUGGAAUGACGUCUUCAACCUGGCUCAGGACUACAUUGGCAUGCCCCGUGGCACCAUCCGUGGUACCGUGUUGAUCGAGACCAUCACGGCCGCCUUUGAGAUGGAGGAGAUCAUCUAUGAACUGCGCGAGCACAGCUCCGGCCUGAACUGUGGCCGCUGGGACUACAUCUUCUCCUUCAUCAAGAAGUUCCGCCAACACCCCAACUUUGUCCUGCCGGACCGUUCCGACGUCACGAUGACCGUGCCCUUCAUGGACUCCUACGUGAAACUGCUGAUCAAGACCUGCCACCGUCGUGGCGUCCACGCCAUGGGAGGCAUGGCGGCCCAGAUCCCCGUGAAGAACGACCCCGCGGCCAACGAGAAGGCCAUGGAGUCUGUCCGUGCCGACAAGCUCCGUGAGGUUCGUGCUGGCCACGACGGCACCUGGGUCGCUCACCCGGCCUUGGCCCCCAUCGCCUCCGAGGUCUUCAAUAAGUAUAUGCCCACGCCGAACCAGCUGUACAAGCGCCGCGAGGACGUCCACAUCACUGCCAACGACCUUCUCAACACCAACGUCCCCGGCAAGAUCACCGAGGACGGAAUCCGUAAGAACCUCAACAUCGGUUUGAGCUACAUGGAGGGCUGGCUCCGCGGUGUCGGUUGCGUCCCCAUCAACUUCCUCAUGGAGGAUGCCGCCACUGCCGAGGUCUCCCGUUCCCAGCUGUGGCAGUGGGUUCGCCACAACGUCACCACCGCUGAAGGCAAGCGGGUGGACAAGUCCUACGCGCUGCGACUGCUUCAGGAGCAGGCCGACAGCCUGUCUUCCCAGGGGGCCAAGGGUAACAAGUACCAGCUGGCAGCUCGCUACUUUGCUGGCCAGGUGACUGGUGAGGAUUAUGCCGACUUUUUGACGAGUCUGCUGUACAAUGAAAUUUCCUCGCCGGGCUCUGCGGCCAAACUGUGA